CAUUGUUGUAACUAAUGAAACUCUUCGAGAUUUUGAACUCUUGAUUUAUCAUUCAUCUAAAAAUCCACUUGCUUAAUUUAGUAUUUCUUAACUGAAUAAUUUAUUUUCAUCCGAGGACUGCUUUUGAAGCGGCAUAUUAAUAAACUCAGCGGAGUUAUUGAAGAAAUGAUCCAAGAUUUUAAUGUAAAAACUUUCAAGCGCUCGUCGGAAGUUAAAGUUUUUAUGAGUUACAUCAACUCAGCAAGAUUUUUUGUAAAAUUUACGAUUAUUUUUAUGAUAAUGUCUAUUUAUCCAUACUUUUUAAAACCGCUGUCUGCUGAACAAGAUCUCGAAAAUACGAAUAAAACGACGGAAUACAUUUUGCCGUAUCCAACUUAUGUUGUCUUCAAAAUAAACGACUCAAAUACUUACAUGUGGACUUACAUGGCAUAUGUACCGAUCACUUACAUUCACGGAUGUUGCCAUGCUACGGUAGAGUGUACUCUUAUCACCCUCAUUUUCUACUUAAGAGCUAAAUUAGUCAUUUUAGCGGAAAGGAUCAACGAGCUGAACAGCAUUGCUGGAGUAUGGAAAAUUGAACUCGAAAAUAUCAUUACAGAACAUUCUAAAUUAUUAAAAUUCGGUGGAACGGUGAUUGAUGCGUACAGCUCAUCGUUGAUGGUUUACAUGUUGAGUGCUUCUAUACUUGUUUGUAUAAUUGGAUAUAAAAUAUUGCUUAAUUUUUUAACAGGUCCCAAUUCAGAAGUUGUGCAAAUGGUGGUCUAUUUAUGUACAACGUACCUUAUAAUAAGCGUUUUUUGUGUUGUCAGUGAGCGUUUAAGCGCUGAGAGCAAUCAAAUAAGUGAAGCGUUUUGGAGCUGUUCUUGGUAUGACAAGCCUCCAAAUACUGUCAAAAAUAUAAUAUUUUGCAUUGCCAGAUCACAAACACCUCUUGCCUUAAAAAUAGGAAAAUUUUCAUAUUUUGGCAAUGAUACAUUAACUGCUCAACAACACAUGGAAGACUGGGUACAAGGACAAAAAGACCUAAAUGAGGGUGCAAAAAUGUUCGAUUGGGGUAGAUGGAUUUCAAAAGGCAUCGGUGUGUGGCCUUUAGCCCCCAAUGAUUACUUAUUUGCCGUUACUUUCUCAUACUUCACCGUAGUGAUGAUCCUAGAAUUUGUGGAUCUUUACACGUGUCUCGGAAAUUUCGAAGAAGUUAUUGACAAUCUCACCGAAAACCUGGCCUUCGUCCAUAUUUACGUGCAUACUUUGAUGGUGCGGGUGCAUAUUGAUGAUUUGCGGUACGUAAUCACCGAAUCGCUAAAUGAUUACAAGGCAAGUGCUUUCCGAAAUUCCAUCGAAAUAAAAAUAUUCAUGAGCCACAUCAACAAAGGCAAACAAUUUGUAAAAGUAGUUCUUACGUCUAUCGUAAUGACUGAAAUUACCUGGUAUUUGAAACCGUGGACAACUCCAGCCUCUCCAAUUGAGAGUGACAACGAAACAGUGCAGUUUUUGUUACCGUAUCACUUUUAUGUAUUCUAUGAAAUAAAUAACUCCUUUAGUUAUGUUUUGACAUAUCUUUCCCAUGGACCACAUGUUUUCAUCAGCGGGUUCGGUCUCAUGACAUCAGAUUGUUUUUUGAUAAUCCUUGUGUUUCAUUUGAGCGGCAGAUUGGCUGUUUUGGCCGAGAGGAUCAACACACUGAAAGAAGAACCAAAAAUAUAUAAAAUUAAACUCAAGAGUAUUAUUAAAGAACAUAUGCGGUUGUUGAACAUGGGUGAAAAUAUUCAAGAAGCAUUCGCUACUGCGUUAUUGUCGUAUUUAUUGAACAGUACGAUACUGUUAUGUAUGAUUGGUUACCAGAUACUCGUCAAUUUCAUGACUGGACCGAACUCGGAUUUAAUGCAAUACUUUAUUUUUAUAUUUGCAACUUAUUUUAUAAUCACUGUAUUCUGCAUCGUUAGUGAGCGUCUUAUAACAGAGAGCAACAAAGUCACCGAAGCUUUUUGGAAUAGCGAGUGGUACACAAUGGAACGCGAGUAUGUAAAUGAUAUAAUAUUUUGCAUUAUGAGAUCUCAGAAAUCACUCGCAUUGCAAGCUGGAAAAUUCGCAUUCUUUAGUAAUGGAACAUUAACCGAAGUUACGAAAACAGCCAUGGGUUACUUAAUGGGAGAAAAUAUUCGAGAAGCAUUCGCUACUGCGUUAUUGGCGUAUUUAUUGAACGGCACAAUACUGUUAUGUAUGAUUGGUUACCAAAUACUCGUCAACUUCAUGUCUGGACCGAACUCGGAUUUAAUGCAAUACUUUAUUUUUAUAUUUGCAACUUAUUUUAUAAUCACUGUAUUCUGCAUCGUUAGUGAGCGUCUUAUAACAGAGAGCAACAAAGUCACCGAAGCUUUUUGGAAUAGCGAGUGGUACACAAUGGAACGCGAGUAUGUAAAUGACAUAAUAUUCUGCAUUUCGAGAUCUCAGAAAUCGCUCGCAUUGCAAGCUGGGAAAUUUGCAUUCUUUGGUAAUGAAACAUUAACCGAAGUGACGAAGACAGCCAUGGGUUACUUGUCAGUGUUAAGAAAUUUUUUAAUUGUCAAUUAAAGUCUUCAUAUUUAGUUUCUAGUGUUAUUAGAAAUUUGUAAGAAAAUUAAUGUAAAAUUUGUUUAAUUAAUGAAAUAAAAUUAUAAAUUAUAACUAA